CACAAGGAGCUAGCAAACGCAGAGAAAACGAUGGGCAGUGAUGAAGAUAAGGGCAUGCCCUUUGGAAACGCACACACACAAACCAACGAUGACAUCACAGGCACAGGGAGAGGGAGAGUCUUCUUUAAGAUCACCACACUCCCCCAACCAUCUCAUUACUCUCUUUCUCUCUCUCUCUCGGCUCGGUCGUAGGUAACUAGCAAUUGAGCUCUUCGAUUCUUGCUUGAAGUGCAGUCAAGGCACACUACUACAACUACAAGCAAGCUGGUGCAUGAGUCUGUUUUGCUUCUCCCCCUGAGCUUGCAGUUGCGUUUGUUUUAUUGAAAGACACUUGCAGUUGCGUUUGAGUGCACCUCUGAGGUUUUGAUUGGCUUCGAGCUCUGUACUUAAGCUCACCGCCUCGUCCAUGGCGUUGCAGCCUGCAAGACUUGCUGGUUCUUGCUAGCUGCUGCUUCUUAUCCACCUAACUGAAGGUGGAAUCAAGAGUGUUGUGUUGUGCUGUUCUUCCACUGUUCUUGGCAUGUUCUUGAGAUCAAAGAUCCAGGAGACGAUCUUGAGGAGGAGGUCGAGGUCGAUGAACGGAGCCAGUGCGCAGCGGGGCCACGUCUCCGAUCAGCUCGCGAGCUCAUCGACGAUUCCAUGUGAUGGUGACAGCAGCGCCGGCGCCGGCGCCGGCGCCGGCGGCAGCAAGGGUGCCACUGCCCGUGCCUUGUUCGCCUCUCCGAGGCUGUUGCACUCUUCCUCCCUGCCCACCGGCAGCGUCUUCGCCAAGAACCCAGUGCCAGACGCCGAGUCCGAGACGUCCUUCUCCAUGAGCCCGACCUCCGUGAUCGACGCGGCCGCGGUCUUCGCGUCCUGUUCGGACGUUGUUGGAAAGCGCCGGCCGUGGCGCGACGGCCUCGCCGGCCUCGCCGACGCGCUGGACUGCACCGACCAGCAGCAAAGGGGCGUCCUCGCGGCGACGUCGCGGGCCAUCAGCGCGCAGACGCCGCCUUCUCUGGCCCGGUCGUGCUCCCUGGACCGCCGCGUCGAGUUCGGCGUCAAGAACAAGAGCUCGUGGUUGCCCCUGCGCGGCGGCGGACGCGAGGUGGCAUCGCCGGCCGCGGCUUCAGAGCCUGGUGAGAUGGAGCCGUCGUCGGAGGACUACACGUGCGUCAUCUCCCGCGGGCCGAACCCGAGGACAGUGCACAUCUUCGGCGACCGCGUCGUGGAGGGCGCCGCCGCGGAGAGCCCGCCGCGGCAGAUAAAUUUGCCGGCGCGCGGCGACAGGGGUUUCUUGAGCUUGUGAUCCAUGCAUGCGUAGCCCGUUGCAUAGGUAAAUUGAGUUUGCAGAGUGCUAUUAAGUUCAGACCUAAUGUUGUAGUAUUGUACUGGUUGCUCCAUCUGAUCAGAUGAUCAAAGCUGUUUUCUUGAUCAGAUGAUCAAAGCUGUUUUCUUGAUCAGGUUGAGCCGAAGCUGUCAUAUAAAUCUCAACAUGUUGCUAGUAGAGAAACUUGUAACAAAAUCUCAACCUGUCAAUUAGCUGCUGAAUGCUGAACUACUAUGUGAUGGAUUUGAUUUCCAAGAAAAGCCUAGCUGUUCUUGGUUUCAAAACAGCUCGAGUCAGUCCUGACCUCAAAACUGAAUUUUUGUCUGCAAACAGCACAGGCAGUUCUUCAA